GCUCGGUGCGCGCCGCCGGGGGCCGCCACCCCGCCAUGCCCGCCAGGAGCCGGUACAACCUGGUGGACGAUGGCUGCGACUCCCGCGUCCCGCUGCACAACGAGGAGGCCUUCCAGCACGGCAUCCACUUCCAGGCGAAGAGAAACUGCCAGCCGGCUGCACUGAGUUAAUCUGGAUUACCUGUGACUGUACUGACAGCCACCGCAGAAUGGGGAAGGAGAUGCCUGCGAACCAGAGAGACCUCAGUACAUCGGCAGCUUGGAUGUACCCAGGCCCAACAGCCGCGUGGAGAUUGUGGCAGCCAUGAGAAGGAUCCGGUAUGAAUUCAAAGCCAAGAACAUUAAGAAGAAGAAAGUGAGCAUCAUUGUGUCUGUGGAUGGGGUGAAGGUGAUUCUGCGCAAGAAGCAGAAGAGAAAGGAGUGGACCUGGGACGAGAGUAAGAUGGUGGUGAUGCACGAUCCGGUGUACAGAAUCUUCUAUGUAUCUCACGACUCGCAAGACCUGAAAAUAUUUAGUUACAUCGCAAGGGACGGCGCUAACAACUCCUUCAGGUGCAACGUCUUCAAAUCAAAAAAGAAGAGCCAGGCGAUGCGGGUGGUGCGCACGGUGGGACAGGCCUUCGAGGUGUGCCACAAGCUGAGCCUGCAGCACGCCCUGCAGAACGCCGACGGGCAGGCGGACGGCGCCAGCGACAAGUCGGCCGAGGAGCAGCCACUGGAAGUUCACCAGAUAAAGGGCUCCAAGAUCACGGAUGUGGACGAGGUUGGCAUCGACUCUGAUGGCAUCUGUAUGUCCGAGCGGGGAACUGGAGAGCUGCCCACUGCCAGGGGGGAACCUGGCAUGCUGAAACCUGGGCAAGCCUCAAAGGAUAAGAGCUGCCAGGAUGGCGAGACCUGCUCCCUCCACCUGGCUGGCUCCCAGCAGCUGCUCAGCCCCGGCAGCCCCUGCUCCUCGGCCUCCAUCACCCCGCUGGCCUCCCAGCACUGCCUCCAGCUGCUCCAGCAGCAGCUUCUCCAGCAGCAGCAGCAGACGCAGGUGGCUGUGGCCCAGGUGCAGCUCCUCAAGGACCAACUGGCGGCGGAGACGGCGGCGCGGAUCGAGGCGCAGGCCCGGGUGCGGCAGCUGCUGCUGACCAACCGCGACCUCCUGCAGCACGUGUCGCUGCUCGUGCGGCAGCUCUCGGCGCUGGAAGCCCGCGAGCAGCACCGGCAGCCGGUUGACCGCUCUUUGCAAAACCUGUCCCUGGCUCAGUCCCUGUCCCUCAACCUGAAGAACCACUACAGCCUGGACGUCCACCUGCCGUCCACCUCCACCCCCGCCAGCGUCCUGGGCAGCCCCGUGGCCCCCGGCUCGCUGCCUGCUCUGGCUCCCGGCGACUCCUACCUCAACCUCGUCACCCUGGAGAGAGGUGGCCACCGCUACAGCAGCAAGGACGGGGACGAGUGCCUGGCUGUGCUGGUGGGGCAGGACGGGCUCAGCCGGCGCGUGGAGGGCUCAGAGAUCAGCGAGUUGGCGCUGCUCAACGGGAGCAGCCGGCAGAAGGCAGACGACACCGACAGAGGAAACGAGGACAGGCGGCAGCAGCAGCCCAUUCCCAAGCUCAACCCGCCACCACCCAUCCUGCGCAAAAGGUCAAGCAAGACCUCCCCUAGCCUGGAAGUGGAGGUGAAGCCUGAGAGCGCUGCCCACGUGAACUUGCCCAGCACAAGUGUCUCCAGCCUCACCAGCAUCGCUGCCAGCUCCCUCACCCUCUUGGAUUCUGAGGCAAGGACUCCUGUGCGGAGCGCUGCCCCCAGCACAGAGCCCGGCCCUGCUGGGACCGGCCAGCGCGCUCUGGGCAAGGACAGAACUGGAGAGAGCAGGCAGAUGUCCCCCCUGGCCAGCAUCUGUGACCCUGUGGCCAGCGAGGCCCCGGCCAAGGACUUGUCCGCCCUGGCCAGCCUCACGGACAGCACGCUGCCCCUCUCCCCUGCGGAGGACACCUGCUUGCACAUCAGCUUCUCAGAAGAUGAGCUGCUUGAACCAGAGCUGGAUGCUGCUGGGGGGCCCAGCAGGGUCCCCACUUAGUGGGACCACAGGAGGUGGCAGCUGCCUGGCAGGGAGCCCUGGUAGCUCUGUCCACACCAUUCCACCAGCCCGUGUUGGGAUCGAGGGCCCCUGUGCCCAGGCUGGGAGGCAGAUCCCUUUGCUGUCCCCAUCCCACGUAUCAGCUUCCCUUCCACGCAUGGUGCUGCCACACAGGAUGCGACCUGCCCAGCCGCUGCCCUCACCCUGUACCAGCUCACACUGCCUUCCUGCUGCCCCCUCCUCCCAUCUGCUACCCGUCCCACCAGUGCUCACUCAGCCGGGGCUGCCGCACGAGGUCCCUGCCUUCACGCAGUUCCCUCCACUGCUGCCUGGAAGAGGCACAUUCCAGGUUUGUCACUACAUCCCUUCUGCUGGCCAGGCGGCUGCAGGCAGCCCCGCAGCAGCCGGUGCCUUUCCCAGCCCCUGGCAGGCUGCGUGCUCUGGAGAGCUUCCCACCGGGAUGCUGUAUGGCAGAGACACCCCCAGGAGCAGAGCAAUGGGAGCCCCCAGGCAGGGGCACAGCACGGUGCUGGGCUGUGAACACCCACCCACGAGGCUGCUGUCACCAACCCAGUCCAUUUGUUGCCACCAUCGGUAGCGGUGUGAGCAGAGCUGCGCGGCACAGCUGCGGUGCCGCUCCCCACAGUGGUGCCAGGCUACCAGAAGCCAGGUUGCUCCAGGGAAACAUGUGCCCACCAGCUCCACACUACACCCAGCCCUGGUUUUGGGGACAGCAGCCCCACUGUGUUGUCCCCACACAGCAAAACCACCACUGCCUCCCUCCACAGGUGCCUUUGCCCCUGCCCCAGCACCCACUGCCCGUGCAGGCUGGUUUCCCCCUCCAGAGGCCACUAACGGGGUGCAGGGCUGGCCAGGGGGCUCACUGCUGCAGUGGGUACCCCCAGGGGAAGGUGCUCCCAUGUCUUGGGGUCGGGUGGGAGAACCGUCCCGUGCCUAUCCAAGCUGCUCGUGGCUGCCGGCAGAAGGCUGCUUUAUCGCACUGGUUUUAGGAUAUUAGGAUGUGGUUUGGGUUUGGUCUCA